AGAUAUUUACAAACAGUCGUCUCGCGUUAACAGGAAACUCAGCAUGGCGGUGCUGCUUGAAACAACGUUGGGCGAUGUUGUUAUCGAUUUAUUUACAGAAGAAAGGCCUAAAACUUGCCUAAACUUUCUGAAACUAUGCAAGAUAAAGUACUACAACUACUGCCUCAUCCACAAUGUCCAGAGAGACUUCAUCGUGCAGACUGGAGACCCCACUGGGACAGGGCGCGGUGGAGAAGCUGUCUAUAGCAAACUCUAUGGGGACCAGGCUGGCUUUUUUGAUGCAGAGAAAGCACCACGUAUCAAACACAGGAAGAAGGGCACGGUGUCCAUGGUGAACAACGGAAACAACCAGCAUGGUUCUCAGUUCCUUAUUACCAUGGCUGACAACCUGGAUUACCUGAAUGGAGUCCAUACUGUGUUCGGGGAAGUGACAGAAGGCAUGGACAUCUUGGCCAAAAUCAACGAGGCCUUUGUGGACAAGGACUUUGUCCCCUUUCAGGAUAUCAGGAUAAACCACACAGUGAUCCUAGAAGAUCCUUUUGAUGACCCUCCUGAUCUGCCAGUGCCGGAUCGAUCCCCUGAGCCCACCAGAGAGCAGCUUGACAGUGGCCGAAUCGGAGCAGAUGAAGUGAUUGACGAUGCGGAUGGAAAAGAAGCAGAGGAGCUGGAGGAGAGGUUAAAGGAGAAAGAAGCCAAGACUCAGGCCAUCCUGCUGGAGAUGGUCGGUGACCUCCCUGACGCAGACAUGGCGCCUCCAGAGAACGUCCUGUUUGUGUGCAAACUCAACCCAGUGACCACAGACGAGGACCUGGAAAUCAUCUUUUCUCGUUUUGGGACCAUAAAAACUUGUGAGAUCAUCAGAGACUGGAAAAGUGGAGAUUCCCUCUGUUACGCUUUUAUUGAGUUUGAAAAGCAGGAAGACUGUGAAAAGGCCUACUUCAAAAUGGACAAUGUGCUGAUUGAUGAUCGUCGCAUCCACGUAGACUUCAGCCAAUCAGUGUCGAAGAUUAAAUGGAAAGGCAAAGGUGGCAAGUACUCUAAAGAUGACUUCAAAGCCUACGAGAAGGAUGCUGGCAACCGAUCCAAAUUGGCUCUGAAGGAUCAAGUGAAGCCCAAACAAGAUUCCAAGUAUGACCUGUUAAUUGAGGAAGAAGAGGAGGCGAUGAGCCAUCACCACUCUGAGAAGAAACACAAGGACAAGAGGCACCAUCACCAUUCAGAUGAUGAGGACAGCAGGAAGUCCAAAAAGCACAAGGACAGCGAGGAUGUCCGGCGGGACAGGAAGAAGCGCUCCCGUUCCCGCUCCAGAGAGAGAGAGCACAAACAAAAGCAUGGGAAAGAUGUCCGUGAUAGAGGCCACGGGAGCUCCUCCAAGAAGUCCAGUGAUAGAGAGAGGAGCAGGUACAGAUGAGGAGCUCCCAUCCUUCACAGUAUCCUCCUCUUCAACCAUUGGUGCUCUAUAGGAUAAACAUUGUUUUAGAAACGAUUUUCUAAUAAACACAUUUUUUUUUUAAACCC